AACCAACAUUUAUGAACUCGAAGGGCAAAACGGAAGACAAACGACACGGGCUCACGUUAAAGAUUUGAAGAAAUGGGUGUCAGCGGUUCAAUGCCACACACCCACGGUAUACGUGGGUAUGCCUGAGACGCCUGCUGUGUAAGCAGUUGGUCCAGGUACGGCGGGCAUGUGAGUACCUUAGGAAUAAGUAGUAGAUAGCUGAGCCUAGCAUGUAUAGUAUCAUUGCUUGCCCAACCAGAUCACUAAGCAUGUGUUUUGUUUCCAGAGUUGCAUGCUAACUGCUUGUUGCCAAUUCGCACCAAAAAUUUUGCUUGGCACUGUCAUUAUCACCCCUUGCUUUCUGUAGUUCAUUCCUCGCAUUGCACGUUCCUCAUUAGUGUGCUUGUUUUUUUUUCUUCCAUUUUCACACCUUGUAAAUAGAUAGUCGACUCACAACAUGGCCUUUGCAAAAAGACAACUCCGCCCUAUAGAGGAUGUCGCCUCGAAGGACACAGAGUGCCUAUUCCCCGGGCGUUUGGUGAAUGGGGAAGUGAUCAAUGCAUUUCUACGCCUCGUUGAGCGGAGGAGCUGCAACCGACCUUCAUUGCCUCACGUGAUGGCGUUGAACACAUAUUUUUUCCCCGCUUUGAAGGCAUGCCCGGCACGUCAGCGGGAAGGAUUUGAUCGGAUCCAGAGACGCCAUAAAAACCUCAAUCUCCUGGACUUUGACAUCAUCCUCGUCCCCGUCCAUGAACCUCGAUUGGGUCGUGAGGGACAUUGGUGGCUGAUGGUGGCAGACAUCAGGACGAAAACAAUCAGUGCCUACGACUCUGUGACAGGGCGGGACCAAACCAAAGAUUUGGAGGUCAUGAGGGCCUAUCUGGACUACCAAGCAGAAGUUGCGACUCCAACCCGCGCCAAACGAGAAUGGCUUUUGUGGAAAGGGCGAGAGUGUCCCGCCCAGACGAACACCACGGAUUGUGGCAUUCUACUGUGCGCAGUGGCAGCAGAAAUUUCGCAAGGAGGGCCCUUAGUAAAUUUUACCGUGGAUACGAAUGAGAUGAGACGGAAAAUAUCCAGAGCACUGCGAGCUUCCGCCAUCGGGGAUGACCAACCCAUGGAAGAAGACUUAUUCCCAGGGGAGGUCGAUUGGGACUUCGAGACGUUAGCACGAGAGUUGGAACGGAUUGCACCACCUGUCCCAAUGGGAAUUGUACCAGCAGACAUAGAUAGCCAAAGCGAAUGGGACGAUUGCGCCCUGGAUGACCCUUUGCCUGAGGUCGCAGUGACGCCCGUGGAAGGUGGAAAUAGUGCUCAAAAUGAGAAGGAAGGUUCACAGACGAAACCGGAUUUACUGGAGUUGGCUGGGAUGACGGAAGAAGAAGUCAGCAUGGAUCAGAUGCCGGCGUCACCUACCCUGUCGAUGUCACCUGGGAGGCUACGUGACUGGGUCAGCGUGACUUCCACCACCGAGAGUUUUGAGAUUAUAAGCGAACCGGAAACCGAGUCGAGUCAGCUACAGACGACCCAACCCAUGGAGAUCGACUUUGGACCGACAGCAGUUCCGCCAGAGAUUCUGAUGCGAAGCUCAGCAGUAGGAGGCGAGAGUACUAGCACCCCGACCCCGAAGCCCGAGGAGGGUGCCACAAACCGCCCAGCGAAGACACGAGGGAAAAGAAGGACCAUGAAGGUGCAAAUUCCUGGUACCAACACCUUCAAGAGGAUUAAUAUUCGUAAGUUGGGGCUGGUGCCCUACAAACGAUGA